AUUUUCCAGAAUCCAAAGCUGCCAUCGAGGACCUGAAGUUCUGUCUGGACCGGACCAACCAGCGCCAGCAGCUCCUCACGUCGCUGAAAUCAGCCUUCGAAAGCCGCCUGCUGCACCCGGGUGUUCACACCUCAGACAUCCUCACCGUUUACAUCUCAGCCAUCAAAGCUCUGAGAGAACUGGACCCGUCCAUGGUGGUCCUGCAGGUGGCCUGCCAGCCCAUCAGGAAGUACCUGAG